AUGCGCGACCGGUCCGUGACGCAGGGCGUGACCGUCGCGCGGCCGUUGCUCCCGUUAGAGAAAGAAGACGUCUACGCCGUGGCCCACGCGUGCGGCGUGCCCUACUUCAAGGACUCGACGCCGUCCUGGUCCACGCGGGGGCGGCUGCGCAACGAGCUGCUGCCGCUGCUCAGGGACGUCUACGGCGCGGGGUGCCCGCGGCACGUGCUGCGGCUCGCGUUGGACUCGGACUCGGUCAGGGACCUCGCGGAUUCGAGGAUCUUCGGGAGCUUCCGGGCGACGGUGACGACGCACACCCUCGGCACGCGCGCGGAGCUUGGAGCGCACCGCGACGAGUCCGACUUCUUCUGGAAGACGUCGAUGCGGGACCUCGCGACGCGGUCGGGCCGGGGCCAGCUCUCCGCGAAGGCGCUCGGCGUCCUUUUAGCGCGGCUCCGCGGCGACGCCGGCGGGGGGGGGACAUCAAACGCCAUCUCGCCGCGGUCGCCGUCGGCGCCGUCGCCGCGGUCGCGGCCCAAGUCCAAGGGGCCGCCCGUCGCCGGCUGGCUCGAGCUGAAAAAAGGGUGGCGCGCGUACCUGUCCGCGGCGGGCGUCCUCUACCUCUUCGACGACGCGCCCUUCGACCCGCCGCCGGACGAGGGCGCUUCGGUGCGCGUCGACCAGGCGCGCGGCGACCCCCAGCGCCUGGGCCACUGGGACGUCGAGGCCUUUUACGACAGCGACGACGACGACGACGCGCCCGACGGCGCGGCGCUCGACCGCUUCUUCGCGACGGGCGCCUUCACCUACGCCGUCGACGCGCCGCCGGGCGAGGCCCUGCGCCUCGCGUCGUCGGGGCUCCGCAAGUACAAGCCCAUCCAGCGCCUCGACGACCUCACGAAGUCGCCGAAGCUCCGCGGCGCCGUCCCCGUCGCCGCGCCGCCGUCCAAGCCGAAGGCCGACGUCGUCCGCGUCCGCGUCACGGCGACCUUCGUCCCGCCGCCGAAGGCGGCGUAA